CGCAAACGACAUUUUCCCUCAUCGGAGAGGUCCAACGGAACGGGCACAGAAGUCAUGAUCAGCGUCCUUGCUCAGGAGCGUCUACUCGGCACAGCGCUGGGGAGCACGUUUGCGGCGAUGGUUGUUUUCGAGCAACGCAGAAGCAUUUACAGAUCAAUAUCCGAAAGCCAAUCUCAAUUUUCUCCUCAACCUCAGUUCUUUCAGAUUGGACCUAUUAUUGAAAAGAGAUCCCACUUGGAUUUUGCACACUUAUGGAACAAGGCUGUGGAUCAGACAUUGGGACCUAUAAUUGAGUCUCUAAGCUCGCGUGGAUGGUAAAAUGUUUGGUAGUACAACUGGUGACACAUUUUGUGCCCUUCUUCUCAUUCCUGAUUUGUACGUGCAAUUGCUUGCACUUAAUGUACGUUAUACUGUUAAUCUGAUUUGUGUAAAACACCCAUCCUUCAAUGGGAGCUUUUUUAGAAGUAACAAUGUUACAGAUUUUAUGUUACAUUUGAGAUAAUUUGGUGAAAAUUCCUAUGUAGUUGUUGUUUCUCUA